AUCUCUACACACUAUUUAUAACGUUAGGAUGAGGGGGUUUGGAUGUAACCCAGCUGUAAAAAGUAGACUCAGCUUCAGGCGUGCAUCUGCGUGGAUUGUGAGAAAUAACAUUGGCGCCAGACCCACCACAACCCCUGACCAAGGAUGGAGCUGGCACAGAGAAGAUUUAGACACGUUGAGCCGGCAAGGCCUCUACGGAGGCUUAAUAUUAAUCAAGGUGAACACAAUUAGAGUGGAACAGUUUUAUGAAAUUCUCAAGCUUCACAGCCAAAUUCAAGGACCUGCCAAGCCAGCUGUUCAGGUCAGACUGGUCUCAGAUGCAUGCUCCCAAGUGGGUGAGACGUCCAAAUUGCACGCAGAAAGGAUUUCAUACAGCAGAGAUGUCCUAAUAAGCCUGGCUAGUUCACCAAUGGCGAAAAAAAAACCUAACUUUUUACCAGAGCACCCUGUAGUUCUGGAAAAUGGGAGGGAGCAAGACAUGCAGCAGCUAUUUAUGAACAACCUCCAUAAAGAAGACGUUUAAGUACAGAAUUCACUACUGGGGCUGGAAAAAAGGACGACUGUUGGAUCAAAAGGUGCAGCGGUCCAUAAAUCAUUGCUGGCAUUGGACCUCACAAUCGUGUGCAUUUUGCCAUUGAGCUGCAUUCAGUUCUAAUCGAAACUUUGUGUAGUGCUAUUUGUUUAAGCCACCUACUAACUUGCAUGGCCAUAUGUGUGUGUGUCUGGCUUUUUUUUUGGUUGGAGUGAAAUAGUGAUUUACUUUUAAAUAGAUUCACUGAAAUGGUGCUUAAUGCUGUGCACGUUGUGCUUGAGAUUGCAUGCCUGGGGUCUGCACUAUACAAAGUUAACUUAUUAGUUGCUGUCUUGGUCAUAAAUAGUGUUUAAUCUUGUAAAAUGAAUAUAAACAACAUUUCCUCCUGAAGCUGACGAACGGCUUGUAGAUUAACAGGCUGGAUUGUCCUUAAUGCCCGUGUUAUACUAAUUGUAUAUAUUAUUAUAAAGAGAGUGAGGUUUUUGAAGACGGUGCAAGCAAAGGAGUUGUACUUUUGAUCGUAGUGUCUCGGUUUCUUCAGUUUUAUUUUUUGUUUGAAAGAUAUUUAAAAGAAAUUAUUGUACUUUAUCUUGUAAUUGUUCUGUGAUUGUUAAGUUCACAUCUGUGUUAAACUUCUUUACUGAUUUCAAAACUAAAUACAAAUAGUAC